AUGGUUUCCACCGAACCCCAUCUUAAUUUCCGCUCCUUCGUCGAAGCCCUCAAGGCUGACAAUGACUUGAUCGAAAUCAACGAACCCAUCGAUGCCAACCUCGAGGCAGCAGCCAUCACCCGCCGAGUCUGCGAGACAGACGACAAGGCCCCCUUGUUCAACAAUGUCAUCGGCUCGCAGCAUGGCCUGUUCCGCAUUCUCGGUGCCCCCGCGUCUCUGAGAAAGUCCCCCAAGGACCAAUAUGGUCGACUGGCCCGCCACCUCGCUCUACCACCGACUGCCUCGAUGAAGGACAUCCUCGACAAAAUGCUCUCGGCUAGCACGAUGACACCAAUCCCCCCUCAGAUCUUGGAAACUGGUCCUUGUAAGGAGAACUUUCUUGAAGGCGACCAGAUCGACCUCACCAAGAUACCUGCACCUCUGAUUCACCAGCACGAUGGUGGAAAGUAUAUUCAGACAUACGGUAUGCACAUCGUGCAAUCGCCUGACGGGUCGUGGACCAACUGGUCCAUCGCUCGUGCAAUGGUCUCUGACGAGAGACACCUCGCUGGUCUUGUCAUCGAGCCACAACAUAUUUGGCAGAUCCACCAGAUGUGGAAGAAGGAGAAGCGCGACGUUCCCUGGGCGUUGGCAUUCGGUGUUCCCCCAGCCGCUAUCAUGGCUUCCAGCAUGCCUAUUCCUGACGGUGUCAGCGAAGCCGAAUACGUCGGUGCUAUGACUGGAUCCGCUCUCGAGCUUGUCAAGUGCGAUACCAACAACUUAAACGUUCCUGCAACCUCAGAGAUCGUGUUCGAAGGUACCCUCUCCAUCACCGACACUGCGCCCGAAGGGCCCUUCGGUGAAAUGCAUGGCUAUGUCUUCCCUGGCGAUACCCAUCUCUGGCCCAAGUACACGGUCAACAAGAUCACUUACCGCAACGACCCUAUUCUGCCCAUGUCUGCCUGCGGUCGUCUGACAGAUGAGACGCACACUAUGAUCGGCGCCCUCGCCGCCGCCGAGAUCCGCAAACUUUGCCAGCAGGAUGGCCUACCCGUCACCGACGCCUUCGCUCCCUUCGAGUCCCAGGUUACUUGGGUCGCCCUCCGCAUCGACACAGCCCGCCUCCGCGAAAUGAAAAUCACCUCCGUGGAGCUCCGUAAGCGUGUCGGUGACCUCAUCUUCAAGGCCAAGGCGGGAUAUACCAUCCACCGACUCGUGCUCUGCGGUGACGAUGUCGAUGUCUACGAAGGAAAAGAUGUCAUGUGGGCCUUCUCGACCAGAUGUCGCCCUGGCUCUGAUGAGACCUUCUUCGAGGACGUUCGCGGGUUCCCCUUGAUCCCGUACAUGGGUCAUGGAGCGCACUCACCAGUCCAGGGUGGAAAGGUUGUUUCUGAUGCUCUCAUGCCGGCUGACUAUACCACCGGUCGGGAUUGGGUGGCAGCAGAUUUCCAGUCGUCUUAUCCUGAAGAGUUGAAGAAGAAGGUCUUGGAUAACUGGACUCAGUGGGGAUUCCGCGAGGAAUGA